GACAAAUCUAACGAAAAGACAAAUCUUAAAAUUUCACUCAAAAUAACGAAAAAAGAAAAUAUAUACUUAAAAAUGAUUAGAGGAGUUGAUCCAGGACCCCUGGCUAACUACAACAGUCUUACUGAUAAACAUUUAAGUGGGUAUUUUGCAAACUUAAGAAUGAGAAAGCAUUUAAUGAAAUCUGGUCUGGUCUCAAGAGAUGGAGUUGUGACUAGUGAAUCAGAAUACCGUUUAAAAAUGGCAAAAUUAGAGCACCGAAAACAUGUGCGAGAUUUUUUAGCAUCAGCUAUUGUUGAAAAAGCAUUAGAUAUGGAACGAUUAAGACAACAUGAAAUUCGUAAACGGUUAGAUGAUUUAUAUAAGCUCGAACUGGUAAAUAAGAUAAAAAGUGAUCGUGCAUUGCGGCCCACAGGAGAAGAUGAAUUAGUUGAACUGUUUUCUCCUCUAUCAAAAAUCUCAUCAACCAGGUUGGUUAAGAGUGCAAAUUUCAAAGAAAAAACUAAAUUACCAACUAUUAAUUUUGAUGGAAGAAACCAAAGUUCUUAUGAGGGUAACAACACUGGUAAAAGUAACUCACAACAACACUUUUUAAAGCCUCAUCCUCCACUUGGUAAAAUUAAAAAAAAGAAAAAAACUAACAGAGGGUUGAAGAUUGCAAAAAGUGAUUUAUUAAUUGGUCAUAGAGUUCAGCUUCAGUCAAUGGCAGAAGUUACAAUGAAGUAUUUAGGUUCUCUACUAAAUCUUACCAAUGAUUUGUUUUCUUCAAACCGAUUAAGCGAAGUUCAGGUAAUUCAGCAGCAUUGUGGUGGGAACACAGUUUGUGUGUUUCGAGAACUUCUUCCUUCCAAUACUGUUUUUACAUUUGUUUCUCGUCGUCAUCGUGGAUCUCCAUUUGGUUUAACUAUCAAUAUAAAUGGUAUUCGAAAUAUUCGAUUAAGUUCUUGCUGUGAAUACAAACACAGACCAGGGUACAAGAUUGGUGGAAAAAAUAGUCAGUUUAUGUUAGUUUCUGUUCAAGGAGCUUCUCCUUGUUACAGAUGCCAAGUUCAACUAAAAAUGAAUUCUGGAAAUAAUCCGAACAAUAAUGAGAAUGAUUCUUCUAGUGAUGAAGAAGAAGCAGUAAACAGCUUUGAUGUCAUAGUCAGUCGUGCUGGUCAUAGGAAUAAAGAAAAAGAAAGACCAAUUUCAGCGUCUGUUCAUACAGCAACUCAAACACUAGAGGAUAGCGAGGAAAAAUACAUUGAGGAUCAGUUUGAAGAAAAUGAAGGCCAAAGACUUCCAGAUUUAAAUGAUAACAGAUUAAUUUCUGAUGAUUCCUCUGCUUCUGAAUCUGAUGACAAUAAAACAAACAUUAAAAAGCAACAUAAAGUAAAAAAAAGUAAAAGUUCUAGCAGCAGUGAAGAAGAAGAAGAAAAAGAAGAAAAAGAAGUGGAGAAAGAGGAGUACAAAAAGGAUUUUAGUUUUAAAAACAAUGAGCAGCAUGAACAAGUUGACUUAGCAAAUGCUCAAAAAGAGCAAAAAACUGCUUUAAAUUCUUCAGAUGAUGAGAGUGAAGUUAGCAGUAAUGAAAGUAUAGAAGUUCAUGAAAACACUAGAGUUGAUAAUAAAAAUGAUUCAGAAGUAGAAGACAGUGAUACAGAAAGUGUCUCAAGUAAUGAAGGUGAGUUUAAAAAAUUAUCAGAUACAGUUGCUAAUACUAAAUCAAAUAAUAUAGGAAAAUUAGAAAAAGUUCAUGUUGAAAAAUAUAAUGAGCUAGAAGACAAAGAAGAUAGUGACGCAGAUGGGUAUUUUGAUAGUAAGGAAGAUGAUGAAAUCAGUACAGAAGAAUCUGAUAAACCUUUAAAUCAUAAAUUGAAUGAAUGUGAUAAAGAGAAUCAAGAAGAAGAAACAAAAAAUUCAAAUGACGAUUCAGAAUGUUCUAAAAAUGAACAAUCAAUUCAAGAUAAAAAAGUUUCACUUGAUUAUGAAAGUAGUUUUGAAAAAGACACUGAUAAAGAUGACAAUGAUGAUGAUGAUGAUGAUAAUGAUGGGAGUGAAAAGAGAAGUGGAUACAUGUCUUCAGUAAUUAGCAGAGAAAGUACCACGCUGACAGGAAAUGAGGAUGGUCACUUUGACAGUGCAAACAAAACAAUUCAGUUUAAUGAAGAGGUUGAUGUAGUGCAUUACUCUAAAAAUGAUGAUGUAUCUCCUGAAUUAACUCCUCGCUCUGAUGAAGAUAAUUCUGAAAGCGAAUACAAUAUCGUAAAAAAUACUGAUGGUAAAGUUAUAUUAACUGACCUUGGUCAAAGCAGCGAUGAGGAUGUAUCAAAGUUAUCGGACGAAGACGUUGCAGCGUAAAUGUAUAUAUAUAUAUAUAUAUA